AUGUGGGAGAUUAAAGAUGCGCAGAAGAACCAGACGCAGGAGGAGGGACAGGAGGAGGGAGUGAGGAACGAGACGGAUGCUGAGGAGAGUGACGAAGAGUUCAACGGGUCGAACAUCGUCACCAAGGAUUGGAACGUCGACUACUACAUGAUCCUCGUCCGCAAACUCUUGUGCGUUUGCCGCUGCUCUGUGACGGCAGCUGAAGUUUUCCGUCCUGACAGGUGGGAGCCCACUACGAGGCAGAGGCGAAUGCAGAAGAGAAAGAUGGAAGGAUUCUCGGGACACGACUCGUUGCUGAGUGUAUCUGCGGAGAACAUCAAGUCUCUUGCGGGCUCGGCCGACCUGUCAGUCGAUGGAUCCAGUCUGUUAGGAGUGAGAAUCAGGAACUUGACGGUCAACGGCAACAACGCUGGUGAAGAAUAUCUGCUGGAGGACAGCAAGCUGUUCCGAGACCUGGCAGAGGUCAGCUUCUCCGUCUCCUUCCGCCGAGUUGGGCAGGUGAUGGAAGGAGUUUCCCGGCGAAACGAGAUCUGCUUCAUCCGAGCCGGCAUGGAGGAUGCUCUAGUGGCGAGGCUCCGCCAGGAGGUAGGAGAGGAGGCGUUCAACAGCUCUGGAGGCUACCAAGUGAGGGAGGAAGAGUGA